CUGGCUGACUGCAUGGGGAGAGCGAAACUGACUAUACAAAGUGCUGGGGGAUCCACAGAACAGAUGCAACAGACAAAAAUGCACUCCCCCUGCUCCCUGCCUGGAAUUGUUGCUCCUAAAAAAAGUUUUCAGCCAGAAGAGAGAGAUUGUUUUUCAAGUAUCUUCUUGGGAUUCCCACUAUGUUUCUGUGCAGCCUUUAAACAUGCCCCUCUGUUUGGUAACCAAGGCAUGCUGAUGCAUUGGUCUAAUGUUUAACUGGAGCAGUCUGGUCCCUCUGCAGCUGUGGGGCAGAACACUGGGCCUGCAGGCGGAGGAUUCUGAGUUCCGCCUUGAAGGCAUGCCCUUCCGCAUCUUCGGGGGCUCCAUGCACUAUUUCCGAGUCCCCAAGGAAUACUGGAGAGAUCGCAUGGUUAAGAUGAAGACAUGUGGCUUGAACACCCUCACCACGUAUGUGCCGUGGAACCUUCACGAAGCAGCGAGUGGGAAGUUUGAUUUCAGCGGAAACCUGGAUCUAGAGGCCUUCCUUACCUUGGCAGCUGAAGUUGGACUGUGGGUGAUUCUGCGUCCGGGACCCUAUAUCUGCUCUGAAUGGGAACUCGGUGGUCUUCCCAGCUGGCUACUCCAAGAUCCUGACAUGCAACUGAGAACAACCUACAAGGGCUUCACGGAGGCCGUGGAUGCCUAUUUUGAUCACUUGAUGGCCAGAGUGGUCCCUCUUCAGUACAAGAAAGGGGGCCCCAUCAUCGCGGUGCAGGUGGAGAAUGAAUAUGGUUCCUACGCCAAAGACCCUCAGUACCUGACCUACAUUAAAAUGGCCCUGUUAGACAGAGGGAUUGUGGAACUGUUAAUGACUUCUGACAACAAAGAUGGACUUUCCUCUGGCUACGUAGAAGGAGCUUUGGCCACUGUUAACUUUCAGAAGGUGGAUUCCAGCUUCCUGGUCUAUCUCGACACAGUACAGCAAAAUAAGCCGAAGAUGGUGAUGGAGUAUUGGACUGGAUGGUUUGAUAGCUGGGGCGGCCCUCAUAAUGUCUUUGAUGCAGAUGAUAUGGUGAAUUCUGUAGCAGAAGUCCUUAAAACAGGAGCAUCCAUCAACCUCUACAUGUUCCAUGGGGGCACCAACUUUGGCUUCAUGAAUGGUGCUCUGGAUUUUGAUGAGUACAAGCCAGAUGUCACAAGUUACGACUAUGACGCCGUGCUGACAGAGGCUGGAGACUACACAUCCAAGUUCUUCAGACUCCGUCAGCUCUUCACCAAGAUCAUAGGGCAGCCUCUGCCCCUCCCUCCUAUGAUCACAGACAAAGCAUCAUAUGGCGCAGUCCUGCUGCCGCAGUAUGUCUCUCUGUGGGAGGUGCUGCCAUCUAUUGUAGAGCCCAUUAAGUCAGAGUUCCCGGUUAACAUGGAGAACCUGCCAGUGAAUGAUGGCAACGGGCAGGCCUAUGGGUAUACGCUCUACGAGACGGUCAUAUCCGGCGGAGGACAGCUGCAUUCCAGGGACAGCGUCCGGGACCGAGCACAGGUGUUUGUUAACACUGUGUUCGUUGGAUUCCUUGAUUACAACACGGUGGAGCUGUCAAUUCCUGAAGGACAGGGCUUCAGGCAGCUCAGGCUUUUGGUAGAGAACUGCGGGCGUGUCAAUUACGGACUUAUGCUGAAUGAGCAGCGGAAAGGCUUAAUUGGUGACGUCUUCCUGAAUAAAACCCCCUUGAGGAACUUCAAGAUUUACAGUCUGGAGAUGAAACCUGGCUUCAUGGAAAGCUUGCGAGGUCUAACUGCUUGGAGCACGAUCCCGGAUUACGCCGUGGGUCCUGCAUUCUUCCGAGGAAACCUGCAAGUGCAGUAUCUGCCUCAGGACACUUUCCUGAAACUCGAGGGUUGGGAAAAAGGAGUUGUGUUUGUCAAUGGAGAGAACCUAGGACGCUACUGGAAAAUCGGACCCCAGGAAACACUGUACCUCCCUGCAACUUGGCUACAGCCUGGGAACAAUGAGAUUAUCGUUUUUGAAGAGCACACUGCAGGCCGGAUCAUACAGUCUGUAGAUAUGCCUUAUCUAGGAAGGACCCACUAUAUGGACUGAGCAGGAGAACUGCCUCCCGUUGAGUUCAUCUUGGAUAUUCCUUGGUGUAUGUGUGGGGACGCAUCAGUCCAAGUACAGACUGGUUUGUUCAUUUCUGUUAGACCAGUGUAAAGGAUUUGCUCCCUGGCAACAAGUUUAGGAGAUAGACUUGGAGCACCCUGAGAGGUGAGUCCAUCAAUUUCUCCCAGGACAUCGAGCUCUCCAGAUUGGAUCAGUGGCUGUGAUGUAAUGGACAAUCCAGGGAUAAGGAGUAAAAUAGGGUGUUGUGGGGGAGGGAAAUAUCUGAGCUGAGCCCAGCCCCUGCCCGAGAUUAACGCACUCUAUGGGGGCAUCUCUUGUUUGAUUAAAAGGGGAGCGAAUUUCUGGGAUACACAGGAGUGCUGUGCUGAGCUUUCAGGCAGAAUUGAAACAGCCUUUUUGUGUAGAGAAGGGGCUUUGUUUGUUCAGUUUUUGGAAUCCUGAUUGGAUGUUAACAGUUAAUUUUUAAUAUUCUAAGGUUCUCUUCUGUGGAAAAAAGACCCAAACAAUUUCUAAUGUUACCUGUGUUUCUCCUCUGUCAGCUCCGCCAGAGCAGGACUGUUGUGUCAACCUAAGGUUCCAGUUCAGGCAAAUUAUGAACCUUCAGAAGGGGGAAUGGAUAAGGAGCCCACUGCUUUACAGUCUGUGUAUUACUUGCCCACAGCUCCCCAUUGACCUCAGGGGGAAAGGUGCAUAAGCAAGGUUAGCAUUAUUUAGCCUUGAAAGGAGAAAAAUGUCCUCCUAUGUGUGAACAGGACCCAGAUGUUUUAAAACCGAUAUAAACGGAAUAAGGGAUCCUGGGAAAGAAGCAGGGUGGGGAUUAUGUUAUAACUCCCCACCCUGACAAUCUCCAGAUGGGUUCCCUGUUUGAUAGGUCAUAUGUUGCAGAAAUUUUCAAUGCAAUAUUUCAGAUAUUGAAAAGAGCCAUUGCUAACUCUGAAAACCUGCUCACCUUCUUUUUCCCACUUAAGGUACAGGAAGAUGGUUUAAAUACCCUCAAACUCCCAUGCUGUAGCUGUCAGUGUAGAAUUGGCUGUGUCCAAGAGCUGCUCAUCUCUCCUGCAACCAACAUGUCCUCUGACCUAGAGGAGUCAGGUCAGUACUUAUGGGAGCAGUUUAACCCCAUUUAGAUAGAGCAGUAAGACCUCACUACCAUAACCACCUGGCAAUGGCAGUAACAAUCAAUUUCAAGGGAAUUUUAACCAUUAAAAACCAUAUUUAAUUUUAUUUAACAAAUUAAAUACAGUUUAAUUAAAACUGAGAACAGACAGCGCAGCUGUAAAUCACUCCAUCCUCCGUCCCAAUCAGUGCCUGUCUCGCCGCAGCAUCUGUAGCUCAGCUCUCCUGGCAAUAACCACCACACCAGCUGGAAAGGCCUGGCUCCUGUAGCUGACUUUCUGAGGAGAGUGGAGCAUAUUUGUAUUUGCAGGGUUGUCUGUAGGACUUAGUCCUUUGCAUUUCACCAGGAGUUUUUCCCUACAGAGAAUGGAAGGCUGCAAUCCAGCAGGGUUAUUAGAAUAAACAAACAGACAUGCAGCUAGGACAUCAGUUGAAAACAACUUGAAUAUCAUGAAAACUUUGUAUCCCUUUUGAAAAUACCUCUUUGUUCACAGCCUGAGGGCUGCACUUGGGAGGCUUGUAUAAUAGUGGAAUAAACCUGCUUUGAUGCAGAGCACCGCUGUUUAACAUGAGCUAACAAUGGCUGUUCCCAAAAUGCAAGUGGAUACCAGUUGCAUAAAAUCAUUGCUAUCCAGUUUGGAUUUCAGCCAUUGAAUACAAAGGAAGGUUUUCACAGAAGCUAUGUAGCAAGGCUUCCAUGAUUGGAAACUAAAGAACCUUAUCAGCUAAAGAAGGUAACUUUUUUCCCCAGUGAUUGUUUUGAUAAAUACAAACAAUUUUUUUUUAAAUAUUAGGAAAUAUAGAUUUGGCAUUAGUCCAAUGAGUGAUUUCUGCCCACUGAAGCUAAUACUC